AUGACCGCCCGCGUCGGCCACCUCUCGCCCACCCUCGCGACGCAGCGCAAGCGCACGGCGUCGGCCACCGUCGUCCAGGCGUCCGCGACGGUCGUCCAGGCCUGUCGCCACGCCGUGGCCGAGCUCGAGAACUGGUCGCUCUGGGCCUACCGCUCGACCACUGGCGAAGAGUGGGACGCGCAGCCCGCGUGCUUCAUCACGGACUACCUCCUGGCGCUGCAGUGCUUCGCCUUUGCCGUGUACAUUGGGCUCUUUGCCGCGGCCUCGGACAAGAGCGACCUCUCGUGGUACCUCAUGUACUUUAUGGCGCUCGGCAUCUCGGCCGCGUUCGGCGGCCUCCUGCACCACGUGGCGUUCGAAGCCAUGCGCGACAUGGCGCACAAACAGGAGCAGCACGUGGUCGAGACGGCGCGCAUCUUUGGCGUCGACCUCAGCCGCUCGACGGUCGACGCGAUGAUUGACGCGCUCUGGCGCGUUGUGCUCGCGUGCUCGAUCUGCACGAACUUUGCGCUGCUGUCGCUCGCGGCGAGUCGCCACCUGCCCGAGACGUGGGCCUACUCGAUCAUUGGCGUGGCCGCCGUUGUCUACGGGGUGCUGGCGGUCUGGGCCAGCGUCAGCAUGCACGCCGUGUUCCUCUUUGCUGGCUUCUUCCCCGUCAUGGUCUUUGGCCCCGUCGCGUGCUUUAUGACGUGGAACUGGGAGUGGAGCCACUCGACCAACGAGCUGCUCGUGUACGGCGUGAAGCUCCUCGGGGGCCUCAUCCAAGGCCUCGUCUGGGCGCCGAGCAAGGACAAGUUCAACCACAAUGCGCUCUCGCACGUGUUUCUCAGCAUGGCAGCGACGCUGAUGCUCAUCCACUUUAAGUUUUGA